ACAAACAAACAAUAAAGAAAAUUAUUUUCUUGUCCUAUUUUUCCUCUCUCAAGAAACCCAGUCAAAAAAGAAAAGGAGAAGAAAAUGAAACUCCCAUUUCUAAACAAGAAUAACUCUUCAUUCUCAUGUUCUUCAAAUUCGAAUUCCAUUCCAUCAUCAUCUAAUUCCACUUCAUGGCCAUGGCCUUCUUGUCAUCAAAACCCUAAAACCAUAUCUUUCAGAGCCACCAUCAGUUUCACCAACCCUAUCCAUGACCAAGAAGACGACGAGCUCGACUCACCUGAGCUCGACCCACCUGAGAUUACAGAGUCGUUAGAGAAUGUGAUAAAAGGGCUAAGAUCAUCAGAGAGACUCAUCUUCGAAAGCAAAGGAGAAUCCAACUCUAUACUCGAAGAAGCUACGACUAAGAGAAAACAAGAAGAAGAAAAAGAAGAAGAAGAAGAGGAGGAGGAAGGCUUCAUGCUCUUGUCCUUGGAAUCAAACGACCCUUACUCUGAUUUCAAGAGAUCCAUGGAGGAGAUGGUUGAGGCACACGCCCUUCACCACGACUGGAGAAGCCUCGAGAAGCUUCUCUUCCAGUUCUUGGAAGUCAACGCCAAGACCAGCCAUCGAUACAUCUUCGCCGCUUUCGUCGAUCUCCUCUUGAACUUAGCACUACAAACGAAUAAGCCCAUCAAUAACAACAUUGCCAAAGACGACGGCGUCUUGGCCUCACGCGCCACCGGAGAAGCAAGCACUUCUUGUUGUAAUAGUUUGAAUCUUGGCGAGUCUCCGUCGUCUCCUUUGUCGUUCUACACAUCGUGUUCUUCGUAUUCUUCCUCGGAUGACACUUCGUCGACAUCCGUACGCUUCUUGCCGUUGUCUUCGUUGUUAGAGAUGGAUGAGAAGACUAAAGACAUUUUGGUUUAGAAUGCUUUUCUUUGGUUCUUCUUCAAUUGUUUUUAGUUUAAUUAAAUUUUGUGCAUAAUCGUAAGUUCGUAACAAUAGCUACCCUGAAUAUUGUAUUGAUACGCAUUGCG